GGUAUAAAAGCGUAGUAUACGGCAAGUUGAGAAAUCAGUUAAGGUCGAACUGUUGAGACGGUCGCUGUUAAGAAAAAGUAUAUCCAGUGUUGCUUUGAAAGUCUCUUCUGAGAAUAAAUACUCUACAAAAUGUCGAAGUAUACAAUGCUCAUUUUCGUCUUCCUAUUGGCUACGACCCUUAUUACGGCAGCUCCCAACAGGUGUGGUCGACAUGGUGAUCCCUGCGUGAGCAAUUCUGAUUGUUGCAACAACAUAUCUUGCCACCGAUAUGCGAACAGGUGUCAAGUGGUGAUCACGGAGGCGGAAUUGAUGGCUCAACGGGAGAAGAUCUUAGGUCGGAAAGGAAAGGAUUACUAAGUGACGUUAUUCCCUGACGUGCAUAUAAACAACUAUAUACUCCAGGAUUUCAGAGAAUUCAAAUGAAAAUUUCAAUCGCAGAAACGAGACACAAAUAUGCAUAACACGUGGCUGUAAUACACGAACAAAAAACAAGGACAUGUUUUACGUUGGUGUAAGCAAACAAGUGACUAAUAAAAAGAAGCAAAGAUGAUUUCAAAAGUAGAA